CAUUUUAAAUUUAUCCCAAUGUAGGUGCUUGGAGUUGUGCCUCACACACUUCAGCAGCUCAGCGGUCUCUUACCUGCCGACUAAGCUGUUUACUUGAUUGCACCAUGGAAAUGCUACUAGUGAGACUUGUUGAGCACAAAAGUGGACUUGAAGAGCCAGAAGCCACUGUUUUCAAAUGAAGGAUUCCAGGGUUAAGCCUCAGUGCUUUUAAAUCACCACUGAGAUUCCCCCCUAAAAUCAAAAUGGCAAGCAGACGAAAGUCAACAACGCCUUGCAUGGUCCUGGCCAGUGAGCAGGAUCCAGACCUUGAGUUGAUAUCAGAUUUGGAUGAAGGUCCUCCUGUCCUCACACCUGUAGAGAAUGCUAGAGCAGAGAGUGUUCCCAGUGACGAAGAAGUUCAUGACCCUGUGGAUUGUGACAAUCAGCCAAGCAAAAAGGUGGAAGGGGGCUAUGAAUGUAAAUACUGUACUUUCCAAACCCCAGAUCUAAACAUGUUUACUUUCCAUGUAGACUCAGAACACCCCAAUGUUGUACUGAAUUCAUCCUAUGUUUGUGUUGAAUGCAACUUUCUCACCAAAAGGUAUGACGCACUUUCUGAGCAUAAUCUGAAGUACCACCCAGGAGAAGAGAGUUUCAAGCUGACUAUGGUGAAGCGUAAUAACCAGACAAUCUUUGAACAAACAAUAAACGAUCUGACUUUCGAUGGUAGUUUUGUUAAAGAGGAGAAUACAGAACAAGGAGAAUCUGUAGAUGUUUCUUCUUCGGGAAUCUCCAUCAGUAAAACUCCCAUCAUGAAAAUGAUGAAAAAUAAGGUCGAGAACAAACGGAUCACAGUGCAUCAUAACUCGGCUGAGGACACUCCCGAAGAGAAAGAAAACGGAGUGAAAGUAAACCGGGAAGAAAACGGGGAGAGUGCGAGUUCUUCAGUCUCAGAAUCCAGUACAAGCACUUCCACCAUCAGCAGAGUGCACCCCAAUCCUGCCCGCACUGUCGUGACGCCCUCUGCUGUUCUUCCUGGGUUAGCACAGGUCAUCUCUGCAGUGUCUGCUCAACAGAGCUCCAACCUGGUCCCCAAAGUCUUAAUCCCUGUCAAUAGCAUUCCUACCUACAACGCUGCAUUGGAUAACAACCCACUUCUACUCAACACCUACAACAAAUUCCCGUACCCCACAAUGUCAGAGAUUACAGUUCUUUCUGCUCAAGCAAAAUACACAGAGGAACAGAUCAAGAUCUGGUUUUCAGCCCAGCGCUUAAAGCACGGUGUUAGUUGGACUCCUGAAGAAGUAGAGGAGGCGAGGAGGAAGCAAUUCAAUGGAACAGUACAUACUGUACCUCAGACCAUAACUGUUAUUCCUACACACAUUUCCACGGGGAAUAAUGGGCUACCGUCUAUUUUACAGACAUGCCAAAUAGUUGGUCAGCCAGGCCUGGUUCUUACUCAAGUAGCUGGAACAAAUACCUUGCCGGUAUCAGCACCAAUCGCCCUGACAGUGGCAGGGGUUCCAAAUCAGGCAAGUGUACAAAAGAGUCAAGUGCCCGCUGCUCAGCCUGCUACAGAAACAAAAGUGGCCACAGCAGCAGUCCCAUCGUCGCCAAGUGUCAGACCUGAAACUGCGUUAGUGAACCCAGAUUCCUUUGGAAUUCGGGCCAAAAAGACUAAAGAACAGCUGGCAGAACUGAAGGUUAGCUAUCUUAAAAACCAAUUUCCACAUGACUCAGAAAUCAUCAGGCUUAUGAAAAUAACAGGCCUUACCAAAGGCGAGAUUAAAAAAUGGUUUAGCGACACAAGGUACAACCAGAGAAAUUCAAAGAGUAAUCAGUGCUUACAUCUCAAUAAUGACUCCUCUGCCACUGUCAUUAUAGACUCGAGUGAAGAUACCCCGGAACCCCCAGCUGCAGUUACUUCACAGCAGAAACAGUCCUGGAAUCCCUUUCCUGACUUUGCUCCCCAGAAGUUUAAAGAGAAAACAGCAGAGCAGCUCCGUGUCCUCCAGGCAAGUUUUCUCAAUAGUUCUGUGCUUACAGAUGAAGAGUUAAAUAGGCUAAGAGCGCAAACCAAACUUACUAGAAGAGAAAUUGAUGCUUGGUUUACAGAGAAGAAUAAAACAAAAGCUUUAAAGGAUGACAAAAAAGAAGUAGAUGAAAGUAAUGUAGGCAGUUCCAAAGAAGAACCUGGAGAAAGUUCUCCUGGAGACGAAGCAGCUGCACCUAAGUCUGGAGGGACGGGCAAGAUAUGUAAGAAGACACCGGAGCAGCUGCACAUACUUAAAAGUGCGUUUGUGCGAACACAGUGGCCGUCACCAGAGGAGUAUGACAAGCUGGCUGAGGAGAGUGGGCUUGCCAGAACAGACAUAGUUAGUUGGUUUGGGGAUACCCGUUAUGCUUGGAAGAAUGGCAACUUGAAAUGGUACUACUACUAUCAAAGCUCCAAUUCAAGUAGUUUGAACGGUCUGUCUUCCCUUAGGAAAAGAGGGAGAGGCAGACCCAAAGGACGGGGCAGAGGCCGACCACGUGGGAGGCCUAGAGGAGGCAAAAGAAUGAACACCUGGGACAGGGUACCAUCGCUCAUAAAGUUUAAAACUGGAACGGCAAUACUUAAGGACUAUUACCUGAAGCACAAAUUCCUUAAUGAGCAAGACCUUGAUGAACUUGUCAACAGAUCACACAUGGGCUACGAGCAGGUCAGAGAGUGGUUUGCAGAAAGACAGAGACGAUCUGAGUUAGGCAUAGAAUUAUUUGAGGAAAAUGAGGAGGAGGAGGAAGUUAUCGAUGAGCAGGAAGAAGAGGAAGAAGAAACAGAUGAUAGUGACACUUGGGAACCCCCACGACAUGUGAAGCGGAAGCUUUCUAAAUCGGAUGACUGAAAUGUAAGUGUUUAGCCUUCGUAUUCAUCAUCAGCCAUGUAUGUGUUUUAACAACCACCUGAUUGGUUCAGUCAUGUUCACUUGUGUGUGUGGUACGCAUGUGUGCAUGUGUGUGUGCAUGUGUGUGCAUGCGUGUGUAUGUGUGUGUGCACACACCCGAGAAUGUGUGUGCAGUACUAUGUGGCUCCAAGGACCCACCUCUCUGUGCAUCUGCACUAGGAAUACAGGUGUGUGCUGCUGUGCGUGCUCUUCCGAGGGCUCUCGUGUCUUUAUGAACAUACUGUCAUGACCUGAGCCAGCCACCCAGCCCUCACCUUCACCUUUACUAAUUUCUAUGAAACUUUUCUCCUAGGAAGAGGACCAGGUGUCGCUAGUCGUGACAUGUAUUAUUAUUAGUGUAGCUUGACAAUUAUACAGGUUUUAAUGUCUUAAUGGUCCCUUUAAUUAUUUACUUUUCAUACGAAAUGUUUUAAAGGAAAAAAAGAGAAGAGAAAUGGGAAACAA